AUGUCAUGUACACCAUGUCCUGAUAACUCAGCCAUCCCCAGCGGUACCAACAAAACUGCCCGUACAGCCUGCCAAUGCAAUGCUGGCUAUUACAAGAGUGGAUCCGACAUUGCUUUCACAUGCAUAGCCUGCCCAGGCGAUUCAUACUCAGCACCAGACAGCACCUCUUGUACACCAUGUCCUGAUAACUCAGCCAUCCCCAGCGGUACCAACAAAACUGCCCGUACAGCCUGCCAAUGCAAUGCUGGCUAUUACAAGAGUGGAUCCGACACUGCUUUCACAUGCAUAGCCUGCCCAGGCGAUUCAUACUCAGCACCAGACAGCACCUCUUGUACACCAUGUCCUAAUAACUCAGCCAUCCCCAGCGGUACCAACAAAACUGCCCGUACAGCCUGCCAAUGCAACAUUGAGUAUUUCUGGGAUGGUUCAGAUGAGAGCUUUGUUUGCACUACAUGUCCCGAUGAGCACUACUGCCCUGGAAACAACAGCAAGCUAGACUGUGAGCGCUGUACGCCCAACCAAUAUGAGUUCAGCAGGUCAAACCCCAGGUACCUCCGUCAUGGAUUGCCUCUGUAUACCAGCAAACCUGUAGUAUCCAUACUCACUAUCCUCAAGGGGGUACUCAAAUAA